UACAAUUAUCAAACAACAAAAGAACAUGUUGGCCAUUAUGUUUUUAUAAAACUUGAAGGUCAAAAUCAAGAAGCCAUUCUUGAAAAAGAACCAAAAGCAUCCAUGCUUUGGCAUUACUUCAAUAUGUUAUAG